UUUCGUGGAAGCGAUCCGGGGAACCUGUUUGUUUACAUCUGGUUGUUUUUGACACUCUCGCUUUGUCAACUGCACGUGCCGUUUAUGGUUUGAGUUUCUUGCUACCGGUUUCAGAGAUAUUUCGGAAAAAUGGGUGGAAAUUCGAGAAAAUUUAAGAAAGCGGAAAAAUCGAAGAUUAAACUGAAAGGUGCGGUACUGCCGAAGGGCACCAACGUUACGAAAACCAACUUCAAAGUCCGGAAGAUCGUGUUGCCGGAUCAGCUGAAGCAGCGCAACCUCACACAGGCGGCGGUGCUCUCGAACAAGAGCCUCACGCUGAAAGAUUGCCUGGCCAAAUUGCGGCAGAAUAACGCUUCCUCAAAAACCGAGGGUCUGCGGGGAGUGCGUGAGAUUCUCGGCAAAAUGCCUUCCGAGGUGCAGAGUAUGCUGAGCAACGUGAUCCGGGAUGUCACCAGUCUGGCGGUCGACCUGGAGCGCGAUGUGCGCCGAGAUUGUUACAAAACGCUCGGCUGCAUUCUGGUAGCUUGUGGUCCAACGGGAGCAGUGCCCUUUUUCGAUCUCCUGCUAUCGUUCCUGCGAUGUGCAAUGACGCAUAUUCAGGCCCGCAUUCAGGAGGAUUCGUUGCUGCUAUUGGAUGUCCUGCUGCAGCACUCACCGGCGCUGAUAUUGACGAACCGCGAUAAAAUAUUGCCUCAGUUUCUGGACAUGAUCUCAAAGCUACGCGCAGAAAAUAAGCCGGGCCGAACACUGACUAUCAACCUAGAUCGCCAGUCUACGAGUACUCGUUGGCGAGCAAAUGUACUAAUGCGCUUGACGGCCAUACUUAAGAUUCUGCUGGAAAGUAAAGUCGCUAAAGAUUGUCCCGCGGAGGCAAACGUUGGCGAAUCAGAGGCAGCCGAAGCAGCCGACCUUGACAAUCCAUUUGCUUCUGCUGUCGCCGAGCAACAGCUACGGAAGGGACCACAGCUGAAUCAUGUCUUCGACGGGAAUGGCCCAAUGUUUCUGCCACUUAUCAAGAGCCAUCUCUGUACAACAUGUCCGAUGGAUGUACUAUUUCGCAAAACGGCAGAAAAGGAUAGCGGGCUAUCACUGAGCGAACGCGUAGACGAUGGACAGAAGAUGAAGAUGUACAUCGAAAUGCUGAUACCGUUGCUGUUCGAAUCCUGGCUGGAAGUGCGUCCACCGGUUAACGAGGCAGUCGAAGAGCAUGCUCUUUCACAAGAGGCUGCAUCGACGCUGGAUCUGCUGCUAACUAUCUUCAUACAGUUAUGGAAGCUGACGGUGCAGUACUGUGCUGAGACGAACAACAAUGACCUCAAGCAAUGGUUCCGCGGCCAGUACAGCGCAAACUUUGCCAGCCACAUCCUAAAGGGCUUCCCUUACUAUCAGAGCGGCUCUCAGACCCAGACCCAACCGAAGAAAGCACGUACCACCAGCGAACCAGUCCUGGAAAGGGUUGAUGAUAAAUGCUACAAGCAGAACUUUAACAUAUGCUUCUUCUUCUGCUGCCUGAACGAGCAGUUCCGUAGCAUCCGGAAACGAAAGUCAGAUACCGGGUAUACUCGCGUAGUUGAGUAUGUAAAGAGUUGCGUGUUGAACUGGAAGUUCCGGGGCGUUGAGGCCACCAACCUUUUGCUGCAAGUGUUGCGUUUCAUUCUACUCGAUGCAGACAGCACAACGGUGAACGAGGAAACACGAGCACUACUGAACACGCUGCUAGAGGUGUACAUUACGGCCAGGCUACCGCAGGACAUUCGCAAUCGUAUACUGGUGCUGUUCUGUGACAUCAUCGUGCGUAGUGAUACCCUUUGGCGGCAAUAUGGCAAGGAAUUGUUCACACUGUGGCUGAAGAUGCUUCCGAAUUUGCUGUGCAAACCGACGAUCGAUAUGGUGGUGUUGCGUGCCCUGCUGUGUCUCGCACAACGGAACAACGCUGCCUUUCUCGAUGUCCUAGAGGCGAAUGCCAAGCAAAUUGUUGCCAAUGCCGGUACGAUUCGUGUCACCAACGAACGUGAACCAGGCGAAGGCAGGGCCCUGAUUUGCAACUUGAUUUUCUACAUCAGGGACCGAAGUUUAUUGCAAGAACUGCUUGCAGUUGAUUGCGCAAAGGUGGCAGACCGGUCGGUACGUGAACAAUUGCUAAGUACCGUGGAGAUGAGAUGUGAGAUGUUGAAAUAAAUAGCGCCCCAUUAUAUGUGCCUCAUCAUCAAUAAAAUUACGAAAU